ACGCUUCCUUAUUUCCAGUUCCACGGACAAUACGGAAUCAUUAUUUGUAUUGUAUUGUUUGAUAGGGUGAUACCUAUAUAUAUAUGUUUGCAUUGGUAUCAAAUAAUAAUUAUGAUGCUUGAAUUAUUGUUUAUUCGUGAAUGAAAAAUGCUUGGAGGUGGAGAUUGAAGCGACAAUGGCUUCCCAUUUUCAUUUUUGAAGAAAAGAUAAUGUCAAUUGCAAGGCUUUAGCGAUGGUGGUGGUGUGGGGUAUUAAUUUUAUUUUUAUUGUUAAUUUUUUUUCCAUAAAUUAUUAGGUAUAAUUUUGUAAUUUCAUAUUGUUGAUACCAUGUUUGGGAUUGAUCGGGAAUCGAUUGGAGUUCAUCCGAGCAGUAUUGGGAAGAAUAGGAGCAAGAAGGGAAAAAAGGCACUGGCCACGGCCACAGGUCACUGCCCUUGACCAGGCAGUGACGACGAUCGCGGCCUGUGAUCAUGGUCGCGAUCAGUGGCCACGAUCUCCAGCAGGCAACCAAGAAAAAGGCAGAGAGUUUUCUCACCCGGAUCGCGGUCAUGGUGCGUUUUGGCGACAAUAAAGAUCGCGUCCGGGGCACAAAAGAUCUCGGUCGUGAUCUCGUGAAGGAGGCCGCGAUCUCGGAACUUAAAGACGGGAUAAAACACGUCAUUUUGGACGAUUCGGAGACAUUCCAACUGGUCACGCCCUUGUCAUGAUCGUGACCAUCGGGUCACGCCCUUGGAGGACAUGACCGCCAUCAGCUUUCUAUAAAUACCCCUCUUUGCUGCACUUUUCAAAGGAGAGCUGCCUUCGGGUGAGAAAAUUAGGGUUUUGGAGUGCUUUAGAGAGAGAAACACCUUGGGUGAGCUUCAUUGGAUAUCCAUUCAACCCAAAGAGCAAGGAGAAGGUGCAAGCAAGGAGAAGAAGGUUGAUUCCAUCAUUCCCCUCUUCUAGUUUGUAUUUUCUUCUUCUCUCUAAUGACGUGAAUCUCUAGUGCUUGUUUAGGAUAUAUGGACCCUAGUUAUAGGUUGUGAAUGAAUGAAUGUGUUUGUCUAGUUGAUUUUAAUGCCACUCUUUCCUAAAUGAUGACGCUUGGGUAAGUCGCACUAAUCUUCCCUCUUAGCCUACUUUAUGCUACCGCGUUGGGUAUGGAGUUCUAAGGUUAGACGGGUAUGCGCCAUCUAGCGAGUUUAGGUUAGAUGUGUGAAUGAGGGCUUAUAGUGGUCAAGGCGACCGAACUCCUGCUAUAGGUAGCCUUCCUAGAUGGAACCCAGGAUGAUACCUCGGUGUGGAUGGUGGAUAGUGUCCAUUGAAAUGAGCCAUAAACUUAAUGCCCCAGAUAUGAUAGCCUAGAUCGAGGUAACUAGAACAUGGAUUUAGGGGAGGCAUACUCGGAGGCGUGUGGAUAACCACGAAAGCCCACGGAAAAGAGCUCAUUCACCACAUUCGAUUAACUCUACUUUACAACCUUAGCUAGGUGGAUUUGAGCCUAUGAAACCAUCUUACCUCUAAGCGUCCUUCCAACCACUUGGUUGGUUGUUUAUUUUACCUUAGGAGUAGGUUAAUUUAGUCAAAUACCCCUCACCAAACUUCCAUCCCGAUUAGAUAGUGGCUCGGAGCGAAGUAAUAAUACACUUAGUGAUCCCUUGGAAUACGACCGAAACAUUUUACUACAACUCUAGCUAGGUUAUACUUGGUUUAGUUAGAAUUGAAUAGAGAGUGUACUUUGAAUUUAUAAAUUUAAAACUCGAUCGCGCACCGGAGCACGAUCAUUUAGACACUAUAUAAAGUUAAUAGAUGUAU